UGUAACCGAAGAGCCACUGCAGGAAAUACGCACUUUUUAGAGCCCAAAUAUACUGAACCUCGUGGUUGUGUUGGAACAACAUACGUGACAGGAUUUUUUUUUUUUUAAAGAAACACAACUUAAGGGACUAAUCAUACGCUUGUUGUUUCACAUUGUGAGAAAAACUAGGGUGUGGUAAUCUUACAUUGUACAGCUAAAGCACCGUAUAAGGUGAGAAACACCACUGGAUCAUAUUUCCUCAGAGCCAGUAGAAAGGAACUCGACAUCAGCAGCCUUUCUCAAGCUUUCUCAAGCUCUGACAUUGUGGAAUUCAUAUUUCACUCAUUAGCCAGGAUGAUGAGAGAUACUCCAUUAAGCACAGAAAACAAAUGGGAUCACGUUAAAUCUGAAUUCCUUGACACCUACACAAACGCUGGUUUUGUGGACCUUGCUAAAAUCCCCAAAAUUGUAAAAAGUCACUGUAGUACACGAAUUCCUCUGGUGAAACCAAAGAGUUACUCUCUGAGAGUGUGUGGCCAGGAGGACACAGUCUAUGCAGGGAACGAAGAUGAGUUGGAAGCCUGGAAAGAUUUCUACCUGCCAAAGAGAAUGGAGAUGGAGGUAAUUGGUGCAAUUGAUGACUUCCCAUGUGAGGCGUUUGGCCUGCAGCUGGUCCUCUUGCUGUGCGAAGAUGGCAACAUAUAUGCCCACGAAGAUGAAGUUCUACACCUUGUGGCCAGAAGCUUAAAAGAACUGUUUAGUAGUGGCAUGACCUUUCCUGGAAUAGAAACCUUCCAACUCGGGGAAUGUUUUGAAUAUACAGAAGAAGAAUACAAUAAAAUAAUGGAAUCCAGUGAAGUUAAAGAAGUGAAAGAAGAGCACAGAAAGUUCCGUGAAUACUUGGAUCUUGAGCUGCUUCAGGCUCUAACGGACUUUAAAAAACAAAUUAAGGCGGAAUUGAGCACUGCAUCUGAUGUCCAAACAGAGGAAGAGAGAAUACGACCCAUGGAAGCUUUAAUGUGCUGUGAUGAUGUCCAUCAAAACCCUAUGCCUGUUGUUCCUUGGAAACAGCAAACUAAACCAACCCAUCAUCAGGAGCAGGAGCAUGCAUCCUUUUUGGGGACCUCUUGAUCUCCUUGCAAAUUAAAUCUUCUUGGAAGGAAGACUUCUUGCCGUUUGGCCUAGGUAGUGAUAUUUGGCUAUGAGAUAUGUAUAUAACAGGUGGGAUCGGUUACCCUAACAUACCUGAGCCCUUUGGUCCAAAUAUUUAUUAGAGUGCAGAUGUUCUUAUAGAAUAGAUUAUUAGGCAUGUCCAGGUAAAUGUAAAUGUAAAAAAACUGUUAAAGGCAUAUAUGAUCAGAACUGACAAGAUGCGUCAUCUAAGUUGGAAGGUCUGGUCUGGGUGUAGCAUUUUGUGUAGAGCUCGUCAAUUGCGUGACUCUGUUCCUGAGACUGGAGGACAUGGUCCUGUGCUACCACCUCUGUCUUAAAUUUACCAGCAUCUGGUCAUGGUCUGGUCUCUAGAUAACUGAAGUAGGGCCUGCACUGGACAAGGCAGUCCUCCAGGUCAGGGCUAUAGCAUGUGCACACAAAGAGCUCUGCAACUGUUGUUCAAGUGCACCCAAAGCCUGAUUAAUUCCAUGACGUCUGUUUCUCCUGUUGCUUGAUUGGGUUUGUCUCAUGUAAAAUGCACACCUGUAGGUCAACAAAACAGCAGGUCACAGCCCUCCAAAGUUGUGUAGUUUGAAAAACACCUUUUUUUAAUAUUUUGAAAGUUGGCGACUAGGUAUUAGUAUAGCAGGUUAACGGCAUGGGUAAUGUGAAAAAUUAGCAUCCUCAGCCAAUCACCCAACUUUUAUAUUUGACUUCAUCUGUCUUCUUUGCACAUACCUCUUGUAUGUAGAGGUAUCAUCUGCCCACUCAAUGAGCCAUCAAACCUGGUAAAGAGCUUGAUCGUCUAACCUCAAGUACCAAACUGCAUUUGAUACUGACAGCACUUAUCUCACUCUAUCAGUUCUUUCAGCCUGCAUCCUUCCAUAGGGUCUCACUGAUUUUAUAACUCCAACAAUUUUCAAGUCAUAGCCAACAAACUUGGUAAAUAUUCUAAACACCUGACCCCAAGCUGCACACUGCAACUAAUUAACCUUUUUUUCAGCCAACAACUGAAACUAAUUUGUUAAAACUCCUUUUGUAGCUAAUGUAUAUGAAUCAAACCUGAAAUAAAUGGUCAGUUUGUGAUACAAAUUACAUACCUGCCCAUUAUAAUGAUAGCUAUGCUGAUUGUCAAUUAACAUAGUCAUAGAUGUUCAUGCUGUUACAACAAGCCAUCUCAAAGUUUGUUUACAAACUUUAGUUUCUAGUGUGUUAUUAUACAAGUAAAUUGCCAUAUCCAUCUCUCUUUCUCUCUCACACAACACACACACAGUUCCUGAUAAACAUCCAUGACCAGAAGCAAUUGUAUGAAUAUAUUUUCUAAUUAUCUCCAUGACUUUCAUGGUUUUCUAAAUAUACAAAAUCCUGUUGUUUUACAGACACUUUCUGCUUUGCAAACAGGACAUUCCACAUUGCAUUAGCCAUGCUGAGGAGAUGAAUCAGUUUUUGCAUGUCAUUUACAUUUACGGUAUUUGGCAGACACUCUUAUCCAGAGCGACUUACAAAAGUGCUUUGUCAUUUACUGAUGGAUACAUCCUAGCUAGUGCCUUUACAGCAUUUAGCUGAUGCUCUUUAUCAAUUCUGACUGAACACAACUAGAGCAAUUGAGGGUUAAGGGCCUUGC